CACUGCUCUGCAGAGCCAUUAACCGUACUUUCAUGCAUAGUGGCGACGCAAACGAUUGUCAUAUGUUCAGUUAAGAGAUUGCUGAAAGGAUUACUUUUAUUUAAUUUCUUCAUUAUUAUUGAACGAAUUAAAAAAUGGGCAAAGUUAAAGCUACCUCGCAACAGAAAAAAGCACCUGCAAUAAAAAAUACGCAAUCUAUUGUAAAGAAACGAAAAAAAGAAAAAGGUAAGAAAGGAUUAUUGAAAAACAUACAUAAAAGUGAUUUAAACAAACCAAAUAGAUCUAAUGAAGCAGCAAGAGAUAUAUUCACAAGCAUACAAAAUAGUAAAAAGAAAAAACAUAAUUUUCAAAAUAAACAUGCUACAAAAGACAUGGAGAGGUCACAUACUUCAACAAAAUAUUCAAAGGAUAAUGACAAGACAAAAAAGAUAUUCCAAAAUGUGCAAACUAACACUGACAAUAAAGGAAAAUACAAGAAAAAUAAAAGAUUGAAACAGAAUAUUAAUCCGACUAAUAAUAUUAAAGAAGCUAAUGCUAAAGGAAAACACAAAACAAAAAAUGAAAGAGUAAAACAGAACAUUAAUCAGACAAACAAUAUUAAAGAAACUAAUGUCUCCAAAGUUAAAAAAGAUAAAGAAUUAAAAAUACCUGCAGAAAAGUCUGAAAUUGGCUCAAAGUGUACUAAAAUAAAAAUUGCGAAUGUUAAGAUGAUAAAUCGAAAGAUAUUGAAAAAAUUAUCUACCAAAACAGAGCAUGCGUCGCAAAAUCGCGACGCUACAUCUACAAAACUAACAUCUACAAAAGUACAGCAAGUUGAACCUACGAAUAUAUUAAAAUUCAACGACCAUAGAAUAAAGCUUAACCGAUUAGAGCAAAUGUUUACUAAUCAAUCACGAACAAAACAACCUGCAAAAAUUCUUUCAUUGAGAGAAGUAAUGAUGUCGGAAUUAAGAGCAUCUAGAUUCAGAUUUAUGAAUGAGUUUUUGUACAAAAAUGAGAGUACAAAAUCUCGUUUACAUUUUUAUAACGAGCCCGAUGAUUUUAUAGCUUAUCAUGAGGGAUAUAAACAGCAGCUUAAACGUUGGCCAGUAGAUCCAUUGGACUCCAUAAUAUCAUCUAUUAAAAAAAUGCCAACUCACAUUGUAGUAGCUGAUUUUGGAUGUGGAGAAGCACGGCUUGCUUCUUCUGUCCCUCAUAAAGUACACUCGUUUGAUUUUAUUGCUCUAAAUAAGAAUGUACAAGCUUGCGAUAUAGCUGAUUAUAUUCCAUUAUCAGAAAACAGUGUCGAUGUUGUUGUAUUUUGUCUCUCUCUAAUGGGAACUAAUCUUGAUAAAUACAUAAUACAAGCCAACAGAGUUCUUAAAAUGAAUGGCAUAUUAAAAAUAGCAGAGGUCGGAAGCAGAUUUGAGAAGGUGAUCGAUUUUUUUAAAUCAAUGAGCAAGUUUGGUUUUAAAAUUACAUGGGCAGAUGAAUAUGGUACAGCCCUGUUUUACUAUAUGGACUUCAAAAAGGUGGCAGAUAUAUGUAUGGAAAGAAGAGAAGGCUUCCCUCCAAUUACCUUAAAACCAUGUUUGUAUAAGAAAAGAUAAGACUUGAUGUACGUAUUAAGUACUUUUUUUAUUUUAUUCAUAAUAUAAAAUUUAAAAAGGACAAGUUCUGCAUAAAUAUUUUUUUCUUCUAAACGUUUAUGUAUAUUAUAUUACAUUAAUAAAAAAUUAUGUUCCACUCUAUUAUGUUGAUAUUACCAUCUUCUAAGUAUAUAUCCAACAGUGAUUGAGUGAUUAUUCUAUGUGCCUGCUUAAACAAUAUGCUAUUCUUUAAAACAUAUUGCUCUAUUAGGCACAAACCAUAAAUAAAAUUAUAGGUAGGAACU